CUGUCUGAUUGUCCUGUGCGGCGGGGCAGGUUCGUGGGCUAGUCAUGGCGUCCCCCUCUCGUAGACUGCAGACUAAACCAGUCAUUACUUGUUUCAAGAGCGUCCUCCUGAUCUACACUUUCAUCUUCUGGAUCACUGGUGUAAUCCUUCUUGCCAUUGGCAUUUGGGGCAAGGUGAGCCUAGAGAAUUAUUUUUCUCUUUUAAAUGAGAAGGCCACCAAUGUUCCCUUUGUGCUCAUUGGCACUGGCACUGUCAUCAUUCUUUUGGGUACCUUUGGCUGUUUUGCUACCUGCCGAGCUUCUGCGUGGAUGCUAAAACUGUAUGCAAUGUUUCUAAUUCUCAUUUUUUUGGUUGAACUGGUCGCUGCCAUCGUAGGUUUUGUUUUCAGACAUGAGAUUAAGAACAGCUUUAAGAGUAAUUAUGAGAAAGCUUUAAAGCAGUAUAAUGCUACGGGAGAUUAUAGAAGCGAUGCAGUAGACAAGAUUCAAAAUACGUUGCAUUGUUGUGGUGCCACCAACUUUGAAGAUUGGAAGGACACUAAUUAUUACUUAGAAAAAGGAUUUCCCAAGAGCUGCUGUAAACUUGAAGAUUGUUCUCCUCAGAGAGAUCCCGAUAAAGUAAACAAUGAAGGUUGUUUUAUAAAGGUAAUGACCAUUAUAGAAUCAGAAAUGGGAGUUGUUGCCGGAAUUUCCUUUGGAGUUGCUUGCUUUCAGCUUAUCGGAGUCUUUCUUGCCUACUGCCUCUCUCGUGCUAUAACAAAUAACCAGUAUGAGAUAGUGUAACCGACAUUACAUGGCUUACUCCUCUCCAACUUUAAGGACAUUUUUAUUCCCCACUGUGAACUACUGGAUUGCUUGGUUGGAAAACUGACUCAUUACCCAUAGACCAAGAAACUACACUAAUAGUCUGAUUCAGUCUAGACAUUUGUUCUAUAUGUUGUAAGUCUGCCUUUUGUCCCACUCAUCAUGUAAGAUCAUGAAACUCCCUUAUCACUCCAAAACGCUGGAAGAGCUAGUAAAUUGUAAAUGAAACAAUGCUGUAUUCCUCUUGGUUUUUGUUUUUCUGAGUGUAGGGGUUUUGAAGGCUGCUAGAUUUUAUAUUUUGAUAUACUGUUGUAAAAUGGGAAAUUGACCCCCUUCAAAUUAGCCCCUUCUCAGUUAAGUUUAUGUGCUUUGAUUGCAUAAUUUGCAUCAAGAAGUUAAAAUGUUUUGCUUACUCUCUGUUCUGCUGAUAGGCAGAGAGUGACAUUGUGUAAUUUAGUUCCAGCCAGCAGUUGGAUGAAGCACAUCAGAGUUGCCAGAUGGGAGUAAGGGUCUUUGACCAAAGGUACCCAAGACUCAGUGGUCUGUGACAUAUAAGAUAAUAGCACACUUACAGUUUACAUUUCUUUGCCUCCAGGUUAAGGUUUUUAUAUUGAUGUUUAUAUUUCUUCUAUCAUUUGAAAGGUUCUGAUUAAUGAUGUUGGAAUUACUGUGUUUUCCUGAGAAAUUUAAAGCAACUGAUUUUCAUUAGCUUUAUUUAGCUGGUAUUUCCUUAGCUGGUUGAUAUGACUUAAUUGUCAAUAUUGUGGUCAACUAUUAAACUUCACUGAGAAAGCUAAGCUCCAUAUUUCUGCUUGGAGUAUAAUUUUAGAUAUGAAAUAUAAACCUGAGCUAUGGACUCCCUCUUUAAAACAAAUUAAUGUCCAGCCCUGGCUGGGUGACUCAUUUGGUUGGAAUGUUGUCCCAUACACCAAAAGUUUGCAGGUUUGAUUCCCGGUCAGGGAACAUACGUAGUUUGCAAAUCUGAUCCCUGGUGGGAGCAGGUAUGGGAGGCAACAGGUAGAUGUUUCUUUAUGCCUUUCUUCCUUCCUCCCUCUCUAAAAUCAAUAAACAUAUCCCCAAGGAUUAAAAAAUGCAUAUACUGUUGUCUGUGUCUAUGAGUUUUUGUUUGUUUAUUGCUUUCUGUUUUAUGUCCCACAUAUCAGUGAAAUUGUAUGGUUCUUUACCUUUUCUGUCUGACUUAUUUCACUUACCACGAUAUUCUACUCAAACCCUAUAUGAUAUUAACCAAUAUCACACCAAUAAAUUUAA